AUGGCCCAACGAGUAUUCCUAGACUGCUUGCGCUCCUCCACGUUCACCACCUCCUCCCUCCUCCACCGCUCGAGCCCAGCAAUACGACGACCACGACGAACACCUCCAACCAUCCCUCAACGUCGCACCCACCUCACACUCCCUCAACGCCGCCGCGCCACCACAGCCUCCGGCUCCGCCAUCUCCUCCUCCACAAACCACCCCAUAAUCGACCACCACUACGACGCCAUCGUCCUCGGCGCCGGUGGAGCCGGUCUCCGCGCCGCCGUCGGACUCGCCGAAUCCGGCCUCGAAACAGCCUGCAUCACCAAACUCUUCCCCACACGCUCGCACACUGUCGCCGCACAAGGCGGCAUCAACGCCGCGUUGGGCAACAUGACGGAAGAUGACUGGAGGUGGCAUAUGUACGACACGGUGAAAGGAAGUGACUGGUUGGGGGAUCAGGACGCGAUUCAUUAUAUGUGCAGGGAGGCGCCAAAGGCGGUGUAUGAGUUGGAGAAUUAUGGCAUGGCGUUUAGUCGGACGGAAGAUGGAAGGAUUUAUCAGAGAGCGUUGGGAGGGCAGAGUUUGAAGUAUGGGAAGGGAGGACAAGGGGUUAGGUGUUGUAGUGCGGCGGAUCGGACGGGGCAUGCGAUGUUGCAUACGCUUUAUGGGCAGAGUGUUAAGCACAACACGAAUUUCUUCAUCGAGUAUUUUGCGAUUGAUCUGCUGAUGGUGGAUGGAGCGUGUGUGGGUGUGCUGUGCAUGUCCAUGGAAGACGGCACGCUUCAUCGUGUGUUCGCGAAGAACACGGUCAUGGCGACGGGUGGCUACGGACGGACGUAUUUCUCCUGCACUUCUGCGCAUACCUCGACUGGAGAUGGGAACGCCAUGGCCGCCCGUGCCGGACUUCCUAACCAAGACUUCGAAUUCAUCCAAUUUCACCCAACAGGAAUCUACGGCGCCGGCGUGCUCAUCACUGAAGGCUCCCGCGGUGAGGGAGGAUAUCUGCUCAACGCUUCCGGCGAACGCUUCAUGGAGCGCUACGCUCCGACAGCGAAGGACCUCGCUUCCCGAGACGUAGUCUCUCGAUCGAUGAACAUGGAAAUCCGAGAAGGACGAGGCUGCGGACCUGACAAAGACCACGUCUACCUGCAACUAUCCCAUCUUCCGAAGGAACUAAUCUACGAACGACUCCCCGGCAUCGCAGAGACAGCGAGCGUCUUCUCCGGCGUAGACGUCACGAAAGACCCCAUCCCCGUCUUACCAACAGUCCACUACUGCAUGGGCGGCGUCCCCACAAACUGGAAAGGCGAAGUCCUCAACGUCGACCCCAUCACCGGCGCCGAGAAGCCCGUUGAAGGACUCUACGCCGCCGGCGAAGUCGCGUGCGUCAGUGUCCACGGCGCGAACCGUCUCGGUGCGAAUUCUCUGCUUGACAUCGUUGUCUUUGGCCGAGCUUGCGCCCUCGAUAUUGCGUCGAAGAACGAAAAGGGUAUGCCGCAUAAGAAAGCUCCUGAGGACAUCGGGAUGAACUCCGUGCGGGAUAUGGAGAGUAUCCGCACCGCAGACGGAGAUAAAUUAUCAGCGGAAAUCCGCUCGGACAUGCAAAAAGUCAUGCAAGCAGACAUCUCCGUCUUCCGCACGCAAGAAGCAUUAGAGCAAGGCGUCGCUCGACUGGAAAAUGUGCAAAAAGACUUUAACACGCGGCUCAGCGUCAAAGAUCGGAGUAUGAUCUGGAAUAGCGACCUGAUCGAAACAAUGGAGAUGCGGAAUCUCCUGACGUGUGCGGCGCAGACGGCCAAGUCGGCACUGUUGAGGAAGGAGAGUAGGGGUAGUCAUGCGAGGGAGGAUUUUCCGGAUAGAGAUGAUAAGGGCUGGAUGAAGCAUACGUUGAGUUGGCAGGGGGAUGUGGGAGAGGAGGUGAAGAUUGGGUAUCGCGGGGUGGUGAUGGAUACACUGGAUAAGAGCGAGAUGGAGAGUAUUCCGCCGGUGAAGAGGACUUAUUAGGACCGAGAUCGGGUGCCGACGCUGUCAGAGCAAAUUGUAACAGGCACUCGUCGCCGAUCCGUCC